AUGGCCGUUUGGCAUUCGAGCCUGCGGCCCAUGUCUGCUGGAAAGAGGCCAGACAGACAGGACGCCAGCCUCCUCUUCUCUGCUGCUUCAGCACUGCGGCCCGCCCUGCCAUUCGUCCUCCUCACCGACGACCAUCACUACAUCACGGCCUACACGUUGCAGACGGCCACCACGCCUGCAGACGUUGUCAUUGGGAAAUACUACUACAAGAAGCAUGUCGACGACAUCUCGCAGGAACUCGCCGAUGCCCUGAGCCUUGGGGCCGCGGCCGCCGAGGAGUGGUCCAAAGGCUUGGAAGCGCGGGGCAAGGAGCGUAUGCGAAUCGCAGAGAACUGGGAGCGUUGGGAGGUCAAGCAUCGCUGGUGGGAAGAGCAUCAUGAUGCAAAACGGGCAACGUCGGCUGCACCCUCGACAGCGGCUACCUCGCACAGAGAGCCUACCAAGUCCCCUCCCCGCCAGCUAUCGUCUCCCGUCAUCCACGCUCCGGUCCCAGCGAGUAAGUAUCCAUCCUCUGUUGUUUCAUUUCCUGUCGAAAUGGGCACUACUUCUCGAUAUUGCAACCACACCCCUCGCCUGCCCGUCCUGACCGAUGUAGUGCCCUCUUUCCAUCAUGCACAAGCGAGACCCCCGACUGUUCCACCACAGGUAUUCACCCCGCAGCCCCCUGGAAGUACCGCACCGGGUGGUAGGAACCUCCAAGAUGCAAACGAGGCCAAGGCAAACCGCAAGUCCGAUAUCGAGCGCCGCUGUCAGCAAAUGGAAGUUCCGAUCCCCCCAAACAUUUUGCGCCACAUGGACUCGUUCAAGGCAGCUAUCCAAAUCUCACAGCCAAUGACGGACUACGCAUGGAGCGUGCUCCAGCCCCGCUUGCUUGCCCAACUGCCUGCUGCCCAACAAGCCGAAGCUGACCACGUGGCUCGCGUAGCCGCCCUGCCCUCAAGAACAACAGAUCGCCGGCAACCCGAUGUGAACUCCAAGGAGGCAAAGGAAAUCAUGGACCGUGAAUGGGAUGAGUCGCAACGGCCUGUUCGCGAUAGACUCAACGUCAUCGCCGAUGACUUCAUUCAUCAGGACUGGAAUCAGGGAAGUGCAGUCACGUAUGAAAACAGUCCCAAGUUCGCCGCCGACCUUCUCAUCCACGUUCGACGCACCUAUUACGCCGAAAAGCUGCAGGAAGAAGCGCAAUCGUCUGAUGCCCAUGGACCUCCAAGGUCUGGCCCUGCUGACAAUACAGAAACCACGCCAAAGCUGGUCUUGGAUAACCUCAAAUGGGUCUACGACAACAAGAUCAAGCCCAUAACGGAGCAGUUUCGCAAGGACAUCUUUCUCUGCCAUGGCAACGGCUGUGAAUCGAACACUAGAUUCUACGGCUUCGAAGGCGUCAUUCAGCACUACGGGGCCAAGCAUACUAACACUUUUAGCGUGGGCAACGUUGUCGUUGCGUGGAGAGAGGCAGAGUGGCCGGAAGAGACACCCUUCCAUCCAGAUCCCCUAUCUGUCAAACAUACUUACCAUCAUCCAUCCGCCAGCAGCAGCAGCACAGUUCACGGGGCCUAUCAUAAUGGUUUCUCACGCGCAGGCACAUCCACACCGCACAUGCCAUCUCACGUUCCACAAGCCAGCCCUGGCCCUUAUGGUUAUGGUGGCCAGUACAAUGGCCCCUUUGCUCCACCACAAACUCCUCAUGGAGGAUUACAAGGGUAUGGAUUUCCACAACAGUAUCCACUAUUCCUGGAGAUGCUUAUGGCCACCAAACCAUGGGUCCUCCCACGUAUGGACAGCCUGCACCGCACUCCUAUCUGCAAUCUCCUGCCAUGA